AUGGUUAAAGUAGUAGGACCAACAAAAGGACUGAUAAUUGACUUGAAAAUAUUGCAGGUAGUCAUGUCUCCAAAUCAUAGCAAAUUGCAUAAAAAAUGGUUUAAAAAGAAAUUCACAUUUAUGAGGCGAUAUGUUGUGAACUUUGAAUGUUUACUGACCCUAAAAGUUUGCAGAUUAUUAAACAAUUACGAUACUUAUAAGUUAUUCAACUGA